AGGCAGUGCUGCAGGUGACGUCUGUGCCAGAGAGAUGACCCGGCGGGCCCGGGUCCCGUGGCUGUCCUGGGCUCUGCUGCUUCUCUGGGUCCCAGGUUGUUGGUCUCUGAGUGGCCCCACCUCCGUGAUGGGCACCGUGGGGGGAUCCGUGAGCGUGCAGUGUCAGUAUGAGGAGGAAUUCACAGAGAAUGCCAAGUACUGGUGCAAAAGUCUGUGUGUGUGGAAGAUCGUAAAGACCAAAGGGGCAGACAGAGAAGUGAGGAAGGGCCGUGUGUCCAUCAGGGACCAUCCUGCAAACCUCACCUUCACAGUGACCUUGGAGAGUCUCACAGAGGAUGAUGCCGGGAUGUACCUGUGCGGGAUCGAUUCAUCACCGCUCCCAGGAUAUUUGUUCGACGACACCUUCCAAGUUGUGCUGUCUGUGACCCCAGCAACAAUGCCUGCCCCACCUGUCAGCAUCACUGUAACCCAAAUGUCAACAACCACAACUAAAAUUACGACCUCGCCGUCCCCGCCCUCCUCCGCUGCCCCGACGACCACCGAGGGAGCCACCUGCAGUGCAAGCAGCCAGGAGGAGUUCCCGCCGAGCCAAGGCCCGGGGCUCCAAGUUCUCCUCUCCUUGUUGGCACUUCUGCUGCUUCUGCUGGGGGGCAGCUCGCUGCUGGCCUGGAGGAUGGUUUGCAGACGGGUCAAAUUUGGCGAGAAUCCAAAGCAACCACGGUCCCCCAGUCAGCAAGAGGAGCCCCACUAUGCGAAUCUGGAGCUGCAGACGUGGCCCCUUCGGGAAGAGCCCAUGCACCCGAGGCAGCCAGAGGUGGAAUACAGCACAGUGAAGGCUCACAGGGAAAAACCUCACUACUCGACAGUGGUAUUUGACUUCCAGAGUGGGGGUUCUGAGGCCAACAGCAUUCGCUCCCAGAGGACCCUGGACGAGGAGACACAAUACAGUGUGAUUAAGAAGACAUAAUCCUGUGUCACCAGCCCCAUCAUCUGGAGGUCUCUGUGGGCCACAGAAUACCAGGGCCAGGGCCCUCAGCCCUCACUGAUGUCCGCCUCAGGCUGCUCCCCUCGACGGUCACCAAUAAGGCAGCUGGGUGCCAUCAGCGUGGUUGGCUUUGUUGAGGAUGAGUGGGAGUGGGAUUCCAGUGGAGACCUGUAGGGAACCCUCCAUCCCACAGGCUCUUAUCACAUCCUUCCUCUCUUCUCUGCUUCCUUCCAGCAGUGUGUGGAGGGCAGGAGCUCAGUCCCAUGUGGCUCCAGGAAAAGACUUGACCCUCAUAGGAUGGUACCUACCAAGUUUAUAAAUUACAGUUCCAUGGAAGUGUCUGGA